AAAAAAUAUUCUCUUCCGUCUCUCUCGCUGCUCUCUCUCUCUCUCUCUCCUUUUCGAAGGGUAACUUGAAAGCCACGGGGACGUGUGUACCCGAUGUCCACGAGACGGAGACCCCGUGGCUGUACAGUGCUAAAGAGAACAGUCAAGUCGAUUGAUUCAAUCUCGGUUGCGCAGUAAUUAAUCGGAAAACAUAUCGAGGCUGAGCGAGAGUCGCGGGAGACAAGAUUUCACGAUGUCGAUUUUUAUCCACGUAACGUGUACACAGCAUCGAGCGGGGGUGUCGACUUUCCACGAGAUCAAUGAAUUUCAUCUUCACUCUGAGAGUUCGUUUCUCCCCAGUUGAGCCGAGAAUAAGAAGGGUCGCACAGGAGGUUUUUCUGGAAGAAGCUACUUUGGAUCGUGACACCGAGUUCGUACCGAUGAAUUAUCCAAUUCAAGGACAACCCCGGAAGCCUUUCUCCGUUUUCGCCACGGCAAAGCAGCGGCGUCUGCUCCCCCCGAUCGCAAUCGCUCGCAGCCGGUUUUUCGUGACGAAAGUAGAGAAAAAUUUGCGAUCCACGAGUGGUAUCGGUAACGAGGAAAGGAAAGGAAGGAGAAGGAAGGAAGUGAGGAAGGACGACCACCUCGUGGCGGACUAUUUCUCUGCUCGCCUGACAUCCACAUCCUGGAUUUACGCUCGAGUUAUCGCGUUUUUCCCCCGCAACGUACAUCGACGCAUCGGACAGUCGCAGGAGCCGUUAAUGCAUCGGCGCAAAACAAUAUAUGUUUAUAUUCUUGAUGGGAAAGUGCAUGUGCAUGCUGUUCGAGAAAUCCAUGUUUAUGGGAUAUCUUUCAUCGCGUUGUUGCAAAUAACGUGGGCAAGUUGAGCGAGUAGGCCAGCAAAACGAGGACAUCGAGGAAGGAGCAACCGUACGAACACCGGGGUGGACCAAUUAAUGUUUAAUAACUGGGAAAUCCAUGCCACACCAAUUACAUGUCGAUGAUGAGAGAUGGAGCUCGAAUUUAUUCUCUCGCGGUUCUCAAGAGUUCCGUGCACUUUUAUAGCCUUUCUUCGUGUAUAUGCCUACAAGUAUAUACUCGCACAGUUGUUUAAAACUGUGAGAGAAGAGCACGCGCUGGUAGAUGCGAGAAAUGCACGAAAGGUGCACUUACAACGUCUAAUAAAGCAACCCACAAAUACCAUAUAUCGUGCGAUUCAUGAUCACUCGACGGAGAGCCUAUCGAGACUGUUGAUAUUGAGAUGUACGAUUGAAACUCCAACGAGAGAGCUAUUACACAACGUGCCAAGUACGCUUAACGAUAAAUCUACUGUUUUACACUUUCGCAACGUGCCAUUGAAAAGCUACAGAAAAACAUGAUUUUUUCACACUUUAGCGCGUAUUGUUAGUCGAGAAGAUGAACUGAACAUUUAUUCAGAAGCUAACGAAAGUCGCGAAAACGAUACUUUUUUCAAUGACAAUUAUCUCGCAUCCGGAUAUGGCGCAUCAAUCGAAGAUGUUUUUCAAUUCUAGCCUUUUAUAAACGUAAAAAAACGAGGAUAAAUGUGUGACACGAAGCAGUCCACUACUGAACAAUUGAAUCGCAGUCGAAGAAAUAAAACAAUGACAAAAUCUUCAAUGAUCGUAUUACGAAAAGAAAUUUUUUGCCCUGCCUUAAAAUAAGAGUUUUAGAAUUAUCGAACGACGAUGAUUUUGUGAAAUGUCAAUAGCGCGUGAGGCUUUUUAGCCUGUGGCUACAAAACACGAUAAUAAAUUAAGUCGCUAUCAUA